AUUUUUCUGAUCCACGAACUACUCGACCAAUGUGGUACAAGUUAUGAAAUAGCUUCAUUAUUUGGAAUGAUAUUUGGAACAGUGUCAGCUAUAAUUAAGAUAUCUCUGUUGAAUUUAAACCAUAAAAAUAUAUUAUUUAUUGUUAAAAAUGUUAUUAAUGAUUGGCAGACAAUCAAAGACAAUGAGUCUAGAAAGAUUAUGCGACAAUAUUCAUCAUUGAAUAGUAUCUUAUUUUAUGGAAUCUUGACGCCGUUGAUGUUGUACACAACAAAGUUUAUUAUAGAAAGUAUUCCUCAUACUGUUAUAACAAAUGAUAAUACAACUGUUUAUGUACGCACUACGCCCAUGAGUUCAGAUUGCUGGAAUUUAGCAGAUAUACCAAUCAUAAUUUAUUUGAUUCGUUUCGUGUGUCGUACUUUCGAAUUUGUAAUUUAUAAUAUUGUCAGCUGUGGUAUUGAUUUAUAUUUUCUUGUUUUGGCAUCACAUAUUUCCGGCCAAGUGAAGAUUAGCAACAUGAAAAUUGAAAAUUUCUUAGUUGACAAUAACAAAGUUUUUGAACGUAAUAAUUUUUAUAAAAUUAUUUAUCGUCAAAAGUAUUUAUUAAUAUUGAUGGAUAAAUUACGCGAAUCUUUCAAUUAUAUAACACUGGCAGUACUGAUCAUAAGUGGAAUUCAUUUGAACAUAAUGAUUUUGUAUUUUUCAGCUCAAAUAUUUAUAUACUGUUAUGCUGGUGAUGAAUUAUCAUCAAGACUUCAAGACUCACGCGUAGCAGUUUAUGGUUGUUGUUGGUAUAAUUUUCCAACUAAUACGCGUAAGGACAUCAUAUAUAUUAUGCAAAGACUGAAUAAGGAGUAUCAUUUAACAGCAGGAAAAUUUUAUCACAUGAACUUGCCUCAUUUUACGGAUAUAGUUAAAACCAUGGUGUCUUUUUUUUCUGUGAUGAGACUUGUUAUUUUUGAAUAA